CUUUGCACAGCGAACUUGAUGCAUUGGUCUCUUCCCUUCGGUGUAUCAGUUGAGCCUGAAAUCAUACUAAAAAUGUAAUUUUAAAAAGUAGGGCCUAAUAAAAAGGGCUCAGAUUCUAGAAAUUUAGAUCUACAGAUCUAGACUAGACAAAACUAGAAUUCGAACUCAGUCGGGUCAAUCUAUUCAAUAUCAUAUCUAUUUCUAACUUUAGUUUUUGCCACUUUGAAUGGACCACAGAACACAAGCAAGUCAACUCAAAGUGAACAGCCUAAAGCAAAAGCCGCCAUACAUUACACUUUGAGAGUAAAGUCAUAGUUUCAUAUGAUCAACUAAUCAAGUUCGUUAGAGAAAUAUCUAGGCAAAAAUGAAAGAACAGUUUCUAGUCACAGCAGUUGUGUUGUCAUAUUGGACAGUGUCAACAGCUUAUGUAUUUGUCAAUAAACAGCUGGUCAGUGGAAUCAACGGUCUGGUUGAUAUCUCCAUAUUUAUUGCAUGGUUUCAAGUCCUCUCUGGAUUCAUCAUUUUACUGGCAGCUCGCACUGUAGCAAAAUGUUGUAAAUUGCCUUGGACUGACCUAUCCAGCCUGAGUUUGGAUCAAAGAAGACUACUCACUCUGGGAUCAGUAGCUUCCUCCACAGCAUACAUCACAUCUUUAAUAUUUAACAGUCUUUUACUCAAGUACAUUAGUGUGUCAUUUUAUCAGAUAGCUAGAUCAUUGACUAUUAUAUUUGUUAUAUUACUAAGUAAAGUGUUACUUCAUGAUCAGCUUUUGAUGAGUACUAUGAUAGCAUGUAUACUUAUUGUUGCUGGGUUUUAUAUUGGUGUGCAUGAAGAGAUAGUCAUCAAUGGUGUUCAGCUGCGUGGAAUUUUUUAUGGGUCAUUGUGCAGUUUUUUCUCUGCACUUUCAUCAACCUUAUGCAAAAUGUUACAAAAGAAGGAAAAAAUCAAUUCUUUACAGUUUACCUAUAAUGUUUUAGCUACUGGAACCAUUAUUUUAGCACCGGUUGUGCUAGGGUCCUCUCAAUUACAAAAUGUUCUAUAUUCGCCUUUAGCCACGGACUGGUUUUUCUGGAGCAUGAUGCUGCUUUCUGGCCUGACUUGUCUUAUGGUUGGUUGGAUUAGCACUCUUCAGAUAACUCUUACUUCUCCAUUAACUUACAUCAUUAGCACAAAUUCAAAAUCGGUCAUCCAGACUUUGUUGGCUGUAAUCUGGAACAAUGAAACUAGAAGUAUUGUCUGGUGGGCGGGUAAUUCUUUUAUUUGUAUUGGAGUUUUUAUGUACUCGAGUGUUGGGUAUUUUAAAACUCAAAGGGUAAAAGCUAAACUUUAACAAAAAAUUAAACAUUUCAUUAAAUUGUA